AUGUUGACCGUCAAGGACGAGUUCGUUCCAAACCUCUCCUCCGUCCUUCUACCGCAGUCAGAGCUUCAUGCCUUGAAGUCCUGGCGCAGUCCUGAUACCACCUCCACCACUGCCACUCAAGAACAUCGGCCUCAGAUCUACAUCACCAAGUUCAUCUCCAUCGCCAUCAAGGCUCUCCAUGCCGCUUCGGCAGCGCAUUCGCCCCCAUAUCAUCACAGAUGUGCCAACGAAACUCGACACCUCCAUCACCAAUGCACCCACCUCCAUCAAAUGGUCUACACUCGCCAGCAAGCCACCAUCACAGAGGGCACAAGUCGAUCCGCCAUUACCAACAUGGCGCCUUCGGCGUCUCUCAAACCGUCCACGGCUCUGCUCCUCAAGCUAGGCCUACUUAACUCCACCACUUGCAACUGA